CAGGAGGAGAGAAGGAUGGAUUCUAGAGCCCAGCUCUUAGGAUUGGCCUUGAAGAAAAGGAGGGCCACCCCGCCUCAUUCUGGAGGGAAGGAGAACCCCAAGGCAGACCCAGAGGAGCUUUUCACAAAACUAGAGAAGAUUGGAAAGGGCUCUUUUGGCGAGGUGUUCAAAGGCAUUGACAAUCGGACUCAGAAGGUGGUUGCCAUAAAAAUCAUUGAUCUGGAAGAAGCUGAAGAUGAGAUAGAGGACAUUCAGCAAGAAAUCACAGUGCUGAGUCAGUGUGACAGUCCGUACGUAACCAAGUAUUAUGGAUCCUAUCUAAAGGAUACGAAGUUAUGGAUAAUAAUGGAGUAUCUUGGUGGCGGCUCUGCACUGGAUCUCUUAGAGCCUGGCCCUUUAGAUGAAACUCAGAUUGCCACCAUAUUAAGAGAGAUCCUGAAGGGACUCGAUUACCUGCACUCAGAGAAGAAGAUCCAUAGAGAUAUUAAAGCGGCCAAUGUUCUGCUGUCUGAACACGGAGAGGUGAAGCUGGCUGACUUUGGAGUGGCCGGCCAGCUGACAGAUACCCAGAUAAAGAGGAAUACCUUCGUGGGUACCCCUUUCUGGAUGGCGCCCGAGGUCAUCAAACAGUCAGCCUACGACUCGAAGGCAGACAUCUGGUCCCUGGGCAUCACGGCUAUAGAACUGGCACGAGGCGAGCCACCCCAUUCCGAGCUGCAUCCCAUGAAGGUUUUAUUCCUCAUUCCAAAGAACAACCCCCCAACGCUGGAGGGAAACUACAGCAAGCCCCUCAAGGAGUUCGUGGAGGCCUGUUUGAAUAAGGAGCCGAGCUUUAGACCUACGGCGAAGGAGUUGCUGAAGCACAAGUUUAUAAUUCGCAACGCCAAGAAGACAUCCUAUCUGACUGAGCUCAUCGACAGGUACAAGAGGUGGAAGGCCGAGCAGAGCCACGACGACUCCAGCUCCGAGGACUCGGAUGCAGAAACAGAUGGCCAGGCAUCCGGAGGCAACGACUCUGGGGACUGGAUCUUCACCAUCCGAGAGAAGGACCCCAAGAACCUCGAGAAUGGAGCUCUUCCGCCCUCGGAGUUGGAGAGGAGUAAGAUGAAAGACAUCCCAAAGAGGCCUUUCUCCCAGUGUUUAUCGACAAUUAUUUCUCCUCUGUUCGCAGAGCUGAAGGAGAAGAGUCAGGCAUGCGGAGGGAACCUGGGCUCCAUAGAGGAGCUGCGCGGCGCCAUCUACCUGGCGGAAGAGGCCUGCCCCGGCAUCUCGGACACCAUGGUGGCCCAGCUCGUGCAGCGGUUGCAGAGAUACUCUCUCAGUGGCGGAGGGAUGUCAUCCCACUGAAAUCCCUUUGGCAUUUGGGGUCUUGUUUUUCCUGUUUUCUUCUUCAUCCUCCUUCUUUUUAAAAGUCAACGAGAGCCUUUGCCGACUCUGCCGAGGAGGCGCCAGCAAGGGGACGGUGUGACCAGGGACGCAACUGGGGACGCGGCGCGCCCCCACCGCACUGGAGCCGCACGAAGUCUCUCAGAUGGGGCGGGGAUGGUCAGCUCCUCCAAGUGGUUGUUUUAUUUUUGUAUUGUUUUUUAAUUUUAACCAUAGUGCACAUAUUCAAGGAAAGUAUCUUUAAAAACAAAAACCAACCCUGAAAUGUAUAUUUGGGAUUCUGAUCAGGCAACUGAAGACAUGAAACCUCAGGUAUCCUGCUUUACGUGGCUCGCUCCCCCCGGGGACUGAGACGCGCCCUGGCGGAUGGGUGUACAGAUUUGUAUAUAGUGUCGUUUUUACAGAACCCUCUGGCGUGCAUAAGGAUCACUGUGCACACACUGGCCAAGUGCUUCUGUAGAUAAUGUCCGUGGAGUAAAUAUUCGACAGGCCAUAAACUUGAGUCUAUUGCCUUGCCUUUUAUUACAUGUAAAUUUUGAAUUCUGUGACCAGUGAUUUGGAUUUUAUUUUGUAUUUGCAGGGUUUGCCAUUAAUAAUAAUUAAUGCCCCUCUUACAGAACACUCCUAUUUGUACCUCGACAAAUGCAAAUUUUCCUCUUGUUUGCCCUACACCCUUUUGGUACACGUAGAAGUUGAUUUCCUUUUUUCAUUGAUGGUACUAUUUCUUAGUGUUUAAAUUGGAUCAUCUGUUGCCUCAUGAAGCUUUAAAUUAUUACUUUAAGUUUCUCCCAGAUGAAGCGCUCUCGUCUCACCUCUGUUUGGAUUCGUGCCACUACCCGUCUGCGCCCGAUGUCCUGUCCUCUGCACCAUGAUUUUCCGUUGCACCUUGUAGUGGAAUCUGCAUAUCAUCUUGCCACCUAGAAGUGUCUGGAUGCUUACACGAAUAAAUUUUAUAACACACUUAUUUCUCAUACUCUUCUUGACACAUGACUGUAGCGGACAGGUCUGCUGUUCGUGUGUGUGGUUGUGGGUGUGUGUGUUUGUGUGGAGGGUGAGACAUCUCAGAAGACUGCAGGGAAGCAGCAGAUGUCAGAAGGCCGAAUGUCCUGGUCAGCAACCUAUGCAACUCGUGUGAUUGACUGGUCACUGAGAAAGUGUGCUUGGAUGUUGCUGGCUUGUAAAAUUGCUGUACCUCUUGCUGGGACCCUAACAGGUGGUUUUCGUUCCCUUAAAGGGGGCCUAGAUGUUGCUGGUACAGUUGGCCAGGGUGUCUGAUUUCCUUCGCUUGGUGCAAUGCAUUGCUUGGCAAGUGAAGCAGGCCAUGUCUGGGUUUCUGGGAUGGGAAGGGGCUCUAGUAGCAGUUCUUGACUGUCUCACUUAGGUCUUCAUAGCAUUUUAUAGUUUUUGAUGUUCGUUGCUGUCAGCUCUUUAUUAGAGUACUGGUUCUUAUGGAAGAAGACAAAAGAUUUUGGGAGACAAGGAAGUUAUUGAGCUUUGGGAAGUAAGCUCAGCCAUCUGCUGGUGGUCCUGGUCUGUAUGGGACAGGGACCAAGGACAGGCCUGGCUGGAGGUGUUGGUAGGGGGUGGGACUGGCUGUUAACAAACAAAAGUCUGUGGUUUUUAAACUAUUGAAUGAUAGUAUUUUAUCAGAAAUGGAUUUGGGUUGGAUAUUAUUUUCUGUAAGGGGUACAUCUUGGUUAAUGGGAAAUAGAACUGAAUCACUAAUUCUUGUCUGCACUCUUCCACAGCAAGAAUAUUACCUUGAACAGUACAAUCCGAGAAUAUUUCAUUUCGUCUUUCUGGGGUAUUCUGUAUCAAAGCAGUAUGUGUCUCUCUAUGAGGCAUAACCCAAAGGCCAGUUUUGUUGUUGCAGGAGAAAGACUCACUUAGGCCGCUACAGCCCGGAGUGCACUGCUCUUGGGUUUAGAGCACCAGCGCAGGCGGCAGCUUUUCUGAUUGACAGAGCUCUUCACAUGUCCAGGUGGACAGUGACAUGACUUCGGUAUUGAAGCCAGUCUCGUUUUUCUUUUUAGUGCUCGGGAUGGAACCAGGGUUUCCAUCCCUAGCACAAUGGAACCUGCUAGGCAGGCACUGAGCCCUGUCCCCAGCCCUCAAAACUAGUAGUAGCAGUUAGUGCUGGAUGGCCUGGAUCCUGAGUACACAGUGUGAGCAGUUAGUGGAGUCUCUGCAAUCACUAGGCCAUGGUAAUGCAUAGCUCCAUCCCCCAGAAAAGCCACAGAUGAUUCUAUUGCAUUUCAUGGGCUCUGGUGGGUGGGUGGGGGCUGUCUUAAGAGUUCAACAGUGGAUCACCCCACUAUCCAAUCUUUCUAGGUUGCUACUUCCUAUGGAUGCAAAGUCAGCUGAAAUGUUUCCAAGGGCAUCUUUAGCCAAGCAAGUGGGCAUCUGGGAUUCUGCUUCUAGGCCUUGAGUAUAGCAGGGGCAGAUACUGGAGCUACAGCUGAAGCUGCCUGCACAGUGCAAACUGCUGUCCAUCUUCAAGGUGACCUGUGGGUCCUGCAGCUGAGGAUUUGCUGUCCCUCAGAAGCCGCUCAUGCAGCACGGUGGGAGAGUGAAUGCAGUAUGGCACCGUGGUGCCGUGUGCAGUUUGGCUGUGAUUUAUGCCUUUGAAGUCGUCUUCUGUGUUCCAGCUGGCUGGACCCAGAGGGGUGACUUAGAAUGGAUGCCUUGGCCACCUAGCGGCCAGGCUUAGUCUCUUGAUGGAACCAGGCGCCACCUGCCUUCCAGAACCCCUAGUCUUAUUCUCUAGUUGCUCUUGUCAAGUGUGUGGUUUGGUUCUCUGUGAAGUAUUUUGUACCUUUCCUUUGGCAAAACAUGCUCAGUUUAUAAGCAUUUUUAUAUUUCCUUCCUUAAAAAAAAAAAUGGCAUCUGUAUUUCUGCUACCAAAUACAGUGAUGGAGGCAGAGGGCACCGAAGGGCGUGCUCUUGAGCACUUGUACUCUGUUAUGCAAGGGUCAAUAAAGCUCUCAGAAAAUG